AUGUCUUCAUGGGCGGAAAGCAAGUCGCAAAACCGCAGUCUGCAGAUUCUCCAAGCGGCCACCGAGGGCAAAUAUGGAGUUCUCUCCGUGGUCAUUUACAACAUUGAGCACCUCACUGCAGUCGUUCGCGCAGCAGAGGCCAAGAAAUCACCCAUGCUGAUUCUCUUAUUCCCUCUGACUGUCAAGCAGCUCCCGACUCUACCAUGGGCCGUCGCUGCAGCCAUCAAAUCUGCAAAGGUCCCACUUGCCUUGCACCUCGACCACGCCCAAGAUGAGCAGCAGAUUCGUGACAUUGCUGGGUCUCUGCCCUUCGACUCAAUCAUGGUCGACAUGAGCCACUACGACCAUGAAGAGAAUCUAGCCAAGACAAAGGUCUUGACGAGAGUCUGCCACGAUCAUAGCAUCGCCGUUGAGGCGGAGAGUGGACGCAUCAACGGCGGAGAAGACGGCAUCGCAGACACUGGCGACUUGGAAGCCCUGUUCACAAGCCCUGAGGAGGUUGAAGACUUUAUCGAUGCCGAGAUUGAUCUCUUGGCACCCAGCAUCGGCAACAUUCACGGAGACUACGGCCCCAAGGGCCCUCAACUCGAUUACCAGCGCUUGACAAAUGUCAACACGCAAAUCAACAACCGCGUUCUCAUGGCGUUGCAUGGCACCAAUGACUUUAGUCCGGAAAUCAUGAGACGAUGCAUCGAUAAUGGCGCUAUCAAGUUGAACGUCAAUAAACUGCUUCUAGAGGUCUGGAACGUCCACUUGAGGGAGAAUGCUAGCAAGCCAUUGACACAACUGAUGGAGGACGGGAUGAACAUCUUGCAAAAGGAGACAGAGCGGUGGAUUGAUAUCUGCGGCAGCGCUGGGAAGGCUUAA